CUCCCUCCCCUCUGCACCAUCAAUCACCAUUAGCGAUCGAUCACCUCUGAAAUCUACCUAGCUCUUAGCCUACAGGUCAGCUCAAGUAGGUAUAGUCUAGCUAGCAGCAUGACUGGCGUGUGGGUGUUCGAGGACGGGAUCGUGAGGCGGGCGGACAGCGAGGCGCCCGGCCGCAGUAGCGGCGGAGCCCCGCCGGGCAAGGCGCUGGUGCACGUGCCGAGCGGCGAGGUGGUGACCUCGUACGAGAUCCUGGAACGACGGCUGCGGGAGCUAGGGUGGGAGCGCUACCUCAACGACCCCUGCCUGCUCCAGUUCCACCAGCGCUCCACCGUGCACCUCAUCUCCGUCCCGCGCGACUUCGCCCGCCUCAAGCUCGUCCACAUGUACGACGUCGUCGUCAAGACCCGCAACGUCUUCGAGGUCCGCGACGCCUGAGAGCCUCCCGGCCUGUUUUGUGUCCCCUCGAGAUGGCGGCGGAGGCGACGUCGGCUACGCUGCCACCAUAUAUACACCUGUACGUGGGUAUUGUAUGCUACGAUGGAGCUGCGAGCGAGUACAUGUUCGUAGCUCAGGAAGCGCGAGAUAGCGCUGCCGCGAACUCCGGCGUAUGAGUUUGGGUCAUCUGGCGCUAUCUUCAGGAGACCCCUGUUUGUAUAUAAUCUUUAUUGUAGUGUAUGGUUUGUGAAGCUUGACUGAUCGAUUCCUUGGGUGGAGUCAAUCAUUCAUGCGUUAUAACAUCAAGAAAUAAACAAUCAAUUUUCCUUA